AUGCUUGAGAUGGGUCAGAGUGAGAUCGAGCAUUCCAUUACUGGCUAUUCACCACCAUUUGUUGAAGUUUUCACCAUGUCUGUGAGAAAUUUUGCGUCGGUAGCUGCAGGCUCUGAGCUGGCCGGAAUCUCAUCUGCGCUGCUUUUGUCGAGGAUACCCCUGGUGACGCCAGACCUCCAUCCGUUCGAAGCCGCCUACUACAACUACCAGAAUGAGCUGAAACGCCGUUUGAUGUGGACGUUUCCUAAGUACUACUAUUUCAGAAAGGGAACAGUGGCCGAGAGGGAAUUUGUGCAGGCGCAGAAGUACCCUCUUUUCAAGAGACCUGGCGUGUGGUUUCCACGCGGUGUCCCCGAUCUGAAGCACGGAAGAGACCGCCGUUUUAAGGAGGAAGUCACCCUGCCCAAACAGCAGGAAAGAGCCGAUGAAGACGAUGAGCUGAGUAAGCCAGUGGUGUUCAAUUCGCGCGUCACCGCUGCUGAUGAAGCUGGUGAUCUGACCAGCCUCGAAAGGAGGCUUUCCAGGACUCUUUAUUUGCUGAUCAAGACCAAGGGGGCUUGGAAGUUCCCAAGUUUCCCGCUCGUAGAGCCAAAGCCACUUCAUGAGGCUGCUGAACAGGGUCUCAGGGAGAUUGGAAGUGUGAACAUGAACACAUGGACGGUGUCCAAUACACCCACCGCAGUGCUCAAGUACUCCAACGGCAAGCUGUUGGAUGCUGAGACGCAGGAGAAAGAGGUGGAGAGGGAAUACUUCAUAAAGUCGCACAUCAUUGGCGGCGACUUCCAGAUCUCGUCCAGCGACGUGGAGGAGUUCAGGUGGUUGACGAAGGAGGAGGUCGAACAGACAGUGGAACCACAGUACUACGGUCAGUUGGGUCAUCUGCUUUCAACUGUUUGA